AUGGACUCAGCCAGACAUCGGGCGACAAUCUACAUCAUCGAGCCUUCCGGCGACUCUCCGAUCAAGACGGGAGCCUUUGUUCUGCGCUCUUUCGGUAUCAUUACUCCUUCGGCAAUGCCCGGCCCAAAACUGUUUCUGCUCAAGCGUAAGCUCCUACUCGCAGACCCGACCUUCCACCGACCAGGCCGGAUCGACGUCGUGAUAGGGGCAGACAUCUACCACCACAUCACUAGAACCGGCACGAGGAGAUUCGGACAGCUCGUCGCUCAGAACACGUCGUUCGGCUGGACCGUGAUGGGCUCCGCUCACUCCAAACAGGCAAGUGACGCUCAUCAAAGCAUCCAGACGCACGCCGUCUCAGCUUGCGCCACGAGCGAUCUGAGCCACGAAGAACUGCUCACAUUGGUCCAGCGCUUCUGGGAUCUCGAGGAGGUGCCGCUCGCGAGGAGGAUCUCCACGGCUGACCAAGAGUGCGAAGCGAUCUACGCGCGAGGCGUUCGUCGCGAGACAAGCGGACGAUACGUUGUUCGGCUGCCGCUGAAACUCGAACGCGCCGCCCUGCUCGGCGACAGCCUACUCGCUCGCUCGCUCGCCGAUCUAACGCUGCUCGAGAGUUACCAGGAGUUCAUGGAGGAGUACGUUCGUCUGGGCCACAUGAGAUUACUCACGGAGUCGGAAUUUCAGGAGAACAGAAGCACCGUCUACUACGUGCCGCACCACGGCAUCUGGCAGCGUAGCGACAGCGGCCCCAAGCUCAGGGUAGUGUUCAACGCCUCUCGAGCCACCUCUUCCGGAGUCAGCCUCAAGGAUACCCUCCAUGCCGGCCCAAAACUGCUAGGGCACAUCUCCACCAUACUAACCCGCUGGAGGAGGCACCGAUACGUCUUCUGCGCAGACGUGCAGAAGAUGUUCCGUCAAGUGCUCAUAGACGACCGAGACAUCCACCUUCAGCACAUCGUCUGGAGCCCCACCGCCGGCCUGCCGCUGCAGCACUACGCCCUACGCACGGUCACCUACGGCACCGCCUGUGCACCCUAUUUGGUGCUACGUACGAUGAAACAGCUGAGCGACGACGAGGGCGAGAAGUUCCCGCUUGCGCGAGAGGUUUUGCAGCAAGAUCUUUACAUGGACGACUUCUUGAGCGGCGGCCACGAUCUAGACACGACCGGAAAUAUCAGAGAUCAACUCAUCGGCCUCCUCGCUGCGGGCGGGUUCCAUCUGCACAAAUGGGUAGCGAACAAUCCUGCUCUCCUCGAGGAGAUCCCCCCGACGAUUGACUCCGGCCCAGCUGGGACAGCACUAGCAGAACUUGCCGGGAUCUUUGACCCCGUCGGCUGGCUCACACCGCUUACUCUAGUGGCCAAGCUCCUCAUCCAGGACAUGUGGCGAGCCAAGCUUAAUUGGGACGAGGAUCUGUCCAAGACGAUGGGACUUACCAUCAGCUGCUGGAUUAGCCACUUCCCCGGUCAGGAGCUCCAGCUCCACGCAUUCUCAGAUGCAAGUCACCGAGCCUUAGCCGCCGUGGUCUACUGUCGAGCGGCCGAGGACGGCGGGCGGGGAUUCACAAUCAUCAUCGGCGCCAAGUCCAAGCCGACUUCAAUUAAGAGCCUUAUGCCGGCUUCCGAAAAGCGCGCCAGAAUGACGAUCCCACGCCUGGAGCUGAGAGCCACGCUCAUCGCGGCGCAGCUCUUAAGGAACGCCACAGCCACCCUCUCCGUUCCACUAACGAGCUGCCACCUGUGGAGCAACUCCCAGGCAGUGCACCUGGAGCUCGUCAGCAACCUCACUAGCGCCAGUUUUCUAGAAGCUUUCACUCGGUUUGUCGGGAGGCGUGGGACACCAGCUGAAGUUUGGAGCGACAAUGGCACCAACUUUCGAGGAGCUGCCUUGGAGCUGAGACGUCUGCUCCGAGAGACCGAAAUCGACUGGGGCGUCGUCGAGGGCGAACUCGCCAAGGACGAAACUUCGUGGAAAUUCAUUCCGCCCUCGGCACCGAACUUCGGGGGCCUGUGGGAGGCCGGCGUCAAGUAG